GCACAGCUUGGAGCCAUUUGUCGCGGUGACAGGAAGUACCUUCAAUACGACGGUGGGGACAGUUGUAUCGACGGUCUAGCGAUUGAUACCUUACUAAAUUCUCUAACUCCGCAGCAUUCUCUCAAAAUACCUUUUGACGAAAACACAUGUUGAUCCUAAUCUGCCUUAGAAAUGGCAGGAUGAAGAAGGGAGGAAAAGAGAUAGAUUGCUGAUGUCAGCAGUGUGCUGCCGAUGGACACCAAGGGGGAGAGGGACGGGCAGGGACAUCUAAGUCAGCUGUUGUCGUGGCAAGGACCAAGAACAGUGGUUCUUCUUCGAAGUCCAGAGGGGUUUGGCUUUACACUUCGCCAUUUUAUUGUCUACCCACCUGAGUCCACAGAACCUUAUAGUCAGGUGGGAGAGACUUUUACUCAAAGUUUGAGCUGGGAUGACUGCAGACGAAGAGUGUGUGGUGGGGUGGAGCCCUUGGACACCAUCUUUGUAAAGAAUGUGCAAGAGGACAGUUCUGCAGACCUUGCUGGUCUUACACCUGGUGAUCGCAUUGUAGCUGUCAAUGGAGAACCGAUCAGUGGCAAGAAUUAUGCUGAAGUAAUAUCACUAAUCAAUGCCAGUCCUAGGUCUCUGAAGCUGUUAGUGGUCCCAAGGCAUGAAGAUAUUCUGCAAAUGGCUUACCAAUCCCACAAUGUGGAGUCGGUCACAGGAAGCUCUGCAUCUCUAGCAGAUGCAGCAUUCAGUCUGAGUUCCUCUGAUCUUCUUCCAUCUUCCCAGGAUUUAAGCCAUAAUCCCAUGCACAAGUCUGCAAUUGAGUUGGCAGUGUCACCAUCUGGCAGCCAGAGCUUAGGAUCUUCCCCCACAUCGUUCCCAACACAAAGCUUGCGUCAUGCCCGCUCUGGAUCCCACUUCCCAGUUUCUCAGGACACUGACUCCAGUUCAUCUCGAUAUGCUGGGGUCAGAGAUGAGGGAGUCUCUCACAGGGGCAUGUCGGGCCCUGCUGGAAGGCCCAUGUCCCAGGACUCUGCUCUUCGGUUAUCCGGAGGCGUUCCUAGUCGAACCAAAUACUCUUUCGGUCUGUACUUCCCACCUCGUACUAUGCCAACCUCUCCACAUUAUAAGGCAGCCAGUGCUGACAAUCUGUCACGCUCAAGUGCUGGCCAGCAGGAGCAGAUACUGAGGAUUGCUGCUGAUGCCAGUGGUGCUGGCAGCCUGCCAGAAGGAACUGGUGUCAAGGAUUUGGAACCCAGUAGCAGAUUAGGCACCAAGAAUUCUUCUCCUUACCACAGCUACACUCUGAGUUCUGCAGGACAGGAAUGGGACAAAGGUAGAAGAGGUCGAGAUGGGAGAUAUUAUGUGCCAGUAUUAAAUCAGUCAUCAUUUGCAGACAGUAAGAACUAUGCUAGCACUGGGAGGACUCGCAUGGUCGAGCGCCCUCACAGGGCCAGCACUGGGAGCUCUGUGUCCGUUACUGCUCAGCCAGGUUUGGAGCGCUCUCACCGUGCAAGCAUGGGCAGCUCUCUGCAGAUGGAAACUAGAACCCUUGACACUGGGAGUGCCUCAGGACAUACUACUUUCGUGGUUCGAAUUCCAGUGAAUGGAAGUGUAGGUAGCUCGCCUCAGCAUAGUUAUGGCAGCUCAUUUGCUGUGACCCGCUCACCGCGACACACACAGAUCGAUGUGCAGAGAUCAUCACCUGUCCAACGUUUGCAGUCUCCAGACACUGGACAGUCUUUGGAAGUGCAGCCAGGCUUUGCAGGUCCUCUAGCUGCUGCUGAUCGCAAUCGCUCUGUGUGGCAGCGCAAGGUGCUGUUUGAAAAUGGGAAGAAUGAGAACACUUCCAUUAAGAAGUCUCCCAACAACCACCUAUCAGAGCUUGAAAAGCUCACCUCUCAGCGUAAGUUUGCUAGUGUUGCCACCCGAAUGGCUAGUUUCGAAAAAUCAUCUGAUGAAGACACUGAGGAGACACAGACAAGGGAGUCCACUCCUCAGCCCAAGUCUCACCCAGCAGUUAAGGUGCGGAGGCUGUCGUUGGAGCAAAGUUCAGGGACAGAAACAGAUGGGACUAUGGUGGCAGAGAACACUCGUGAAGAGCAAGUGGCUGAUUCUAGCACUCAGGAUGGCAGUGAGUUUGCUGCAGUUAGUGUUAAAGGGAGCAGCCCCAUUAGGGUUUAUGUGUCGCCAAGUACACAAAACAUUUCAUCACCACCGGUGCUGGAGGUUGUGCCAGUGUGUCAGAGUGGACAGCAAGGGAUUCCAUCAGAAAUUCGCCAGCCUGUGUGUCUUGAGUUGCAUUCCAGCCAGCAACAGGUGCAGCCAAUUCACCCUCUUCAGCCAGUGCAGAUUGUUCAGCCCUUGAAGCGCGAUUCUAGCCCCAUGCAGGUAUCGGAGCCUCUUCUUCAGUCCAGCCAUUCAAGACCAUCAUCAAUCCACAGCUGGCCCCAGUCUGAGCCGGAGUGGCACACCCAUAGCUAUGAAGUGGAGUACUUGCAGCCUCGCUUGAGCCUUCUUGAUACAGGAGGUUCUCGUCCUGCUCGUAAGCCUUCCUAUCUGUCAGCAAUUAACACUCCAUCUUCCCGAUACACUUUGACCCCAUCACCAGAACAUGACCAGGUGGAUAGGGAUGAUCAUCAGGCCAGUCCCUCCAGAUACCUCCCACCACCAGGUGCUAACCUCAGCUCAGUGAUGUCAGCAAGUGAUAGUGCAGUUAGCUUUGGUUGUCAAGACAUGCCACAAGUCACAUCGCCAUCACUGUCCACCAGUAGUGUGGAUACACUCUCAUCUGUCAUUCUUCGUAAAAAGACUGCAGCAAUGAUUGAGGACUCUACGGCCAAGCUGCACCGCCGAACAUCCUACCUGAUGGCAACAGCCCGUGAUCGGUCAAAUAAUGCCACCACCACAGUGCAAGGCACUAGCUUCAACUUAACCAUCCCAGAAGAACCACCAUUAACUCCUGUGCAUCGGCAGUACAGCCUCAACAAACUGAAGAGCUUCUUUGGUGAACAGACUCCUACUAUCCUUGAGGCAACUGAGCGUAAAGCCCUAGAAAGUCCUUUGCCAGACAUCACACGUGAAGGGCCUAUGUGGUGCAAGGUGUCUGUCUAUGAUGGCAAGAAAUGCAGUGACAGGUCAUGGAAGCAGGUGUGGGCAGUGUUGCGGGGUCAUGCGCUGUUUCUUCUUAAGGAUCGUAGAGAGACUAGUGGGCAGUCAGCAUUUGGUUUCGAGGAGCCACCUGUGUCCAUUAAGUCGUGCCUUGUGGAAAUAGUCCAUGACUACAGUCGCAAGCGCAAGAAUGUCUUCCGACUGACAACCUACACAGAAUCUGUUUACCUGCUACAGGCUGAGGACAAAGGAACCAUGAUGUCUUGGAUACAGGCCAUCAAAACUAACAACAGUCCUGAUCAUGAUGAUGAUGGGAUGGGCAGCCUUGAGUUGAUUCGCCGCAAGGCAAGUACGCAGUCAGAACAGAGUAGUGUUCAGACCUCUCCUCAAGCAGUUCAUCGUGACAAGGAGAAGGAGAAAGAAAAGGAGAAGGAAAAAACAAAGAAAUUGGCAGCGUUGUCCUUCAAAGCCAAGCUGCCUCACUCACCAAGCGUACGACGCAAAAAGAAUGAGGAAAGUGGUAGCAGAAAGGGCUGGAAGGGACUCAUCAUGCCACGUAGCUUCAAGAAGCAGACAAAUGAAGAAGGUAGCCAUGGAGGUGGGGCCGAAGCUGAAAGUGAGGACCUCUCAAAGUUCACAUUUGGUGUGCCUCUGGAAGACUGCUUUCCUUCUCCAAAUAAUGAGUAUGUCCCACUGAUUGUGGAACUUUGCACACGGAUUGUCGAAGCACGAGGGUUAGAAGUGGUUGGGGUGUACCGGGUGCCAGGCAAUUCAGUUGCUGUGGGUCACAUGCAAGAAGAACUGAAUCGGGGCAUUGAGAACCUCAACAUGGAUAACGACAAGUGGCUUGAUGUCAAUGUGGUUAGCUCCCUUCUCAAGGCUUUUUUCCGUAAACUGCCUGAACCUCUGGUCACUACAGCUCUGUAUGAUAAAUUCAUCGAAGCCAAUCGUAAUCAAAACCCUGAGAAGCGCAUGCUGAAGCUUAAACGCCUAUUGCACACCUUACCUGAGCAGCACUAUGAAACUUUCAAGCACCUGGCUGAGCACCUUAGUCGAGUGGCUGCACAUGGGCACAUCAAUAAGAUGGAUGCCAGGAACCUGGCCAUCAUGUUUGGGCCAACUUUGAUUCGCAAAGUGGAGGAUGAUACUGUGUCAUUAGUCACUGACAUGUCAGAUCAGUGUCGCAUCGUUGAAAGUAUCAUACUGCAUAACGAAUGGUUCUUCAGUACAUGGACACAUGAUCAUCAUGUGCCCAUUGACAACUCAGACACCCCUCAGCCCUCUGCCUUAGAUACUCGAGUGCCUCGUGAUGAUGAUGAGGAUGCUGACUCAGCUAUCAAUACAAAAGAAAUCAUCUCCUCCAUUGUCACAGCUGCAAAUAAAAAGCUGAAGCUACGACAGCAAACUAAAAGUUCUGAUUCCCUUGACCUUGACUCUACCUUUAGUCAGCUUGGCAGUGACAGCACUCUUUACAGCCACAGUGGAAUGGAUGCCAGCGACUGCAGCUUCAGGGAACGGAACAUUGAUGCUGCUGUGCAGAGGGCUACCAUACUAGCCAAAUCACAGUCCUCAUUGAGUUCAUCUCGUAGUGCCUCAGAGGAAGUAUUGGAUUCACGAGCCACAGCACCACUGGCCACAUCAGAGCCAGAUUUUUUAGACUGGGAUGAGCGGAGACACUUCGGAGGCAGGAGUCGACAUGUUGCUGAGGAUGUUCUGCUAGAGCAUAGUGAUGAGGUGGAAGUGGGAGGAUGGGUUGGGCGAGAGACCCUGGAUUGGCUAAAGCGCCUGGAGCAGGAGGCUCGAACCAUCAGGCGUCUGGAGGAGCAGAGGCAGCGGGACAUGGAGAAGCGUCGACGGCAGCAGCAGGCAAUAGAACGGGAGCUGCAGCGCUCACAGCGUGACCUGGAGAUGGAAGAUGCUCACACAGUGGAGGACAUUCUUGCCUGGAAUCCCCAGUCCCAAGACACGUUCAUGGCUGGUGCUACCAAAACAAGCACCCCUCUGGCAUGGAUUCCAACUUCCACAUAUCAGCCCACAACACCCUCAAGGCCAUUGCAAGAGAUGGCACAGCCAUCAAUGUUAUCAACAGAUGUAAGAUCAGUAGCAACUGUUAUCCCCAAAUCUAAAGUUGAAUCAAGUCAGAGACUUAGCGGUGGAGGGGGGAAGUACUUUGUGAGUGUGGCCAAUACUCGUAAUCAUAACAUGACUCAUGCAUCAUCAGUAGAAAACAUGUUAGAUGCUGUAGCAGCAUCUCAUGCUUCACGUACUGGCUCCCUUGAGAACAUGCUAGAUGGCCACCCCAGUCAUGACCAGCAGCAAGGGGUGGUCGGCAAGGGGUAUAAUGCUGGGGGCGUUCCCCGUCACGGCUCACUGGAUUCACUGUUAGACAUGAUAGACCGACAUGAGCAUCACCAAGGAGAGGCAGCCUCUUCUGACUCCGAGGAUGGGUCUGAUCUUUUGACCAGCCUCACAACCACCUUCGAUCAGAAGCUGCAGGUUCUUCUCAAUCCAAGGUACCGUCUAACUUCUCGGCACACUCGUGCAUCAGCCCCCAACAAAGCUUCUGGAGGCUUUGGCCAUGGUGACCAUGUUGGAGUUGGCCAGCCUGGCAUUGUGCAAGGUCAGGAAACCCUUUUGAUGGAAAGGGAGUGGAGCCGUGGGCGAGAGCCAACCUUUCGUGAUCCCAGCUUGCACCGUGGCCCACGGACUGAUGCAAAGGUGGGCAUUGCAUCGCGCUUUGAAUGGGGACCUAACAGCAUUGCAACAUCAGCAUCUUCUGGCCUAAAUGGUGCAGCAGCCUCCCGUAGAGUACAGAUGCCUGACUUUAGAAAUUUUUCAUCACGAGCACUUCGCCUGGAAAACAACUCUGGCAGCAUUGCUCUCACACAGCCCCGAAAGCUACCUUCAGCAGAGAGCACUGAUGGGCAGUCUGCACCGGAUGCCUUGAACAGACCUGUUUGGACCAGAGACACCAUCACCAAGUCACAGAAAAUGGAAGUCAACACUGCCCUGGCACGACGUAGCCGUGAGAUCAAAUCUAGUGUGAUCAGAGAUGCUGGGAAAGUUGGACUGCAAACUCUUGGGACAGGGCAAGAGGCUGUGGACAGUAAUCGUCAACAAGAAUCUCAGGCUUCAAAGAAUUUCACUAUGGCUCUAACAAGCUCAGGAUCAGGUGCAUCAUCCUCUGGGGCAGGGAAAGGUAAGCAAGACAUUAAAGAAGAUAACCCUGCAUCGUCAAGAGCCAGGAGUAAGCGCAGACACACAGUUGGAGGUACCGCAGACCUGGAGCACUUCAAGGCACUGGUGGCCAUCUGUGGUCAGCCUUCGGACCCCAGGCCAUCAGCCUGGGAUCAACUGCAGCCAACCAGCAAGGAGAACAGCAACCAUGACCGAAGCCUUCUGUCGUGGAUGAGGAAAGAAAGACUUCGUGGCAGCACUCCCAAUCUGGCUAACCUAGGUUGCCACGAUCCUGCAUUUUGAAUAUUCAUCCUAACUUUCCUUCCACUCCUGCCAGUGCAUGCCAGCAUGCAAAGCUUUCAGCCAAGAUUUUUUUUUAAUUGGAUGAGAGAGAAUGUGUGUGCUUGCAUGUGCGUGGAGAUUAUUUAUGAGUUUUUUCCCCCAUUUGAUGCUGCUUGUUAUAUGUUGACUCGCUCACAAGAUGAAAGCCUAAAUCUUCUAAAGACUACCGUCUUAUUACAGAGACCACAGUGCAGCCUUUACUGCCAUCACUUGUUAACAGACAGUGCUUCCUUUGUACAAAAGUUUGUGACAAAUGUGAAAGAUGUAGUACUACUGCUUCUGUGGUGGGAUCUUUAUUUUUGCUCGAGAGAGAACUGAGCUUAUUGCUUGAAACAGUAGCUAUAACUAGUAUGCAUGUUAUUACCUAGUGUACAGGACCAGGGCUUACCACUUGCAUUUGCAAAACGUUCAUUUUACCACACUUGAUACUUCUAGCCUUCUGCUGUUCUUAGUCACAAGGCAUUAGUUUGGCAUAAAAGUCUGUCGUCAGACAGAGCAGCAGCAUCUUGAAAGGCAGUUGUACUCCAGAAUUCCACAUCAAUCUUUCACAGGUGUUGCAUUUCUAAUGACAUCUAAUGAAGAUGAGCUUUCUGUGGUGUGAUGCCACAAUUUCCAAAUGUGAUUUUCAUUCAAUUGACCUGGCUUCAAAAUGGAUGUUAUUCAUGUUGCUCUUGUGACUGGACUUUUGUCGUAUCAUCAUGUUUUAAAGGCAUACCGGCUACCACAGUGUUGGUGACAAUCAAACCACACAUCUCAUCCUUCGCUGACUAGAAGUAUUGCAAACUGUGUGGCAUACCCUCCCUCUCCCCCCAAUCUGCCAUAGGCUGCUGACACCAGCAUGACAUGUCAUGGAGUGUAGUGUGAUAUCUAAGGCAUAUCAACAUUGCUGAGACAUCAUCAAUUUACAAAUGUAGUAAGAUCGUGGAGGCAUAUCAUUAAUUCUUGCAAACACUUGAAUCAACUGCUCAUUACGUAGUUUAAACUUCAGAGGCAUAUCUUCAUCAACUGCUGCAUCAUUUCAUUGACAUAGCUGUUUGGUGUGUUGUUGCACUUGCGGGUGUUGUGCCUUCUGUGACUGGUCUUUCAACUCAGCCACCACACCAAGUGUGUUCAGUGCGAGAGGAAAUGUAUGCUUAAUGUGUGUGGAAGGGAAAUAUCCUAUGUGUGGAUCAUGUGGAUAUCCCAUGUGGAAAGAAGAAAUGUUUAUGAUGUCAGGUAAAAAAAAAUAUACAGACUAUAUUGGUAAUUGUUUUUUUAGAGCAUUUUGGUUUGUGUUUAUAUUAAUGGUUGUUUAUAUACAAAUAUUGAUCAGUAGAUACUGGCAUUCUGUAAAAUGCAUAAGCUUUAAGCAUGACUUAAACUUAGGACAAAAUUUGUAGAAUUAUUUUUUGACUUUGCAAUUUACUUCCCCAAGAGCAUUAUAACUUUCCUUUAUGCUAAAGUCAAAAGUACAAACUUCAUCAACCUUGUAACUUGUCUUAGUGUGUGUGUUUGGGGGGGGGAGGUAGGGUAGAGGAGAAAUAUUAACAGAGCUGACUCCAUCUAGAAGUCUUUCAAAAAAGUAUUUAAAGCAAAUGCACUAAAAAGUGAUUUUCCAGUGUUGAACACUUCAAAUUUUCAAACUUUAAUAAAUUUAGUUAAUGGUGUUAAAGUAAUUAAUACACUUUAAACUUUAAAUCUGUGUGAAAAUCUGAUUAUCUACACUAGUUCCAGCGGACAAGGCUUUUGAAACUCUACCACACCAUUAUUGUAUUAAUUGUUUAUAUUGUGUUGAUGAUCUGUUGGGGUUUUUUGUUUCACAUGUUCAAGUAAACUGUAAAGGAUAAAAUACAGCAUUUUUGUGUGACUUAAAAUUCAUGUGUACUUGGUGACCGAAAGCAAAUGAAUGCACAUUUGUCAUACAUUUGGGACUUGAUAGUCUUCUAAAAUAUUCCUUUUAAAGAGUGAAUGAUGGACAGAUGUUAACCCCAACUUAUGACACUAAAACCCAAGAUACCCUGAAAGGUUCUGAUGUUCAUUUUCUCUGUUUUGUGCUUUGUGCUGUUUGUAGACAGCCUGCAUGUCUUAGAGUCAACACCCAAGUUUUUUUGGUAUUUCUUUGUAGUACAGCUUGCAUCACUUUAAGCAUUUCACAGUCUUUUAAAGUUAAUUUUUGCUGGUUGACAUUUUUCUUCUUUUCUGCAUACAAAAAGUUUUAAAAAAAAUUUUACUCUUGUGAAUGACAUCAAGAUCAAGUUUUUUGUGAGUGGGGUAGAGGGCUGAGAAAUAGCCUGUAUCUAGGAGUGUUUAUGCUCCUACAUACAUGCAUAUGGUCUUACAAUACAAAACAACCUUAUUCAUCCAUAAGGGCAAUUCAAGAUGGGCUUGUACUAGAUAAUACGUACAUAGACAUGUUGAAACAAUUUCUCUCUCACACACACACACAUUCUCAACAACAGUAGAUACAGUUGGUGACCUUAGGUCACAACAGGCUAGUAGAAGAUCAGGCCAGUACAGUUUAUAAGGUAAAUGGCAUGUGGCAUGCACUUGUGAAAGUGGUUUUUGAAUGCACUUGGUUCAUUUUCUUCUCCCCUCUACCCAUACCCAUGAGGUUUUUUUCCCUCUUCUAAUUUUGCCUGUGUCACAGGGUGCAAUCUUUUGGGUUUUUACUCCCUAUUAAUGAGCAGGCUAGUUACUGUUGAGAGCAAGACUACACCAAGUGAAUAUCAGAGGUUGGGUAAUUAGACAUAAGACUUUGAUGUUUAACAAGGAUGCAUCUGAAUAGGUGGAUGUCACAGUUUUCUACCAGGUAACAUCAUCUCUUCUUCUGUCUGGAGUUAUGGGGAUUCAGUGUUCCAUGCUGCAGAUUUAUUUAGAGAUUACAGCAUUUAAGACGAUAUCUGUGUUAACAUAAAGCAUAUUAUUGGAUGUUGGUAUAAUUUGUUAUCAAUGCUACUUUGGCCAGUUGUUACUGCCACAUACUGAUCAACAAAACUUUAUACACAGUGUUUCAGAACAUGAAGGUUACAAUGCUAUUUCAGUGGUUGCACAGAGCAACAUGUUUACAAUGAUGUAGUUCUACUACAUGAUUUAUCUGUUGACUGAUUGAAAACAGAAAUCCCCUGUCAUUAGUUUGUUAAAGUGCUGAUGUAUCUUGAUGAUCUAGCAGUAUUUUGUGCAUGAUAGAAAAAACGGGAGUUAUCCCACCAUCGCUUAACUUAAAUGCGUGUUUUGUUUUUUCUAAGAGUUUUGAUAGAUUAUUUUAUAAAUAAAAACAUUACAACAUUAUCAGUAUUCGUUGAAAUAUCCAGUGGGUUUUAAAACAAUUUCUUAUGCUUUUUGCUAUUGGAAGCCAUUUCACUUCCUAUAGUGGCUAGAGUGAAUUCCACUAAUAUAUUCAAUGCAAAACAUUUAUCCUUUGGAGAAGCAGCAUCCAAUUGAGAGACAGUAGGUCCGAUAAACACUUUGUUUAGGUGAGUGCAGUUGUAAGUUUUCAUUUGAUAUACACUAUCUUGUACUUGUUGGCUGUCUCUUCCACACAAUAAAUACCCUUGUAAGGACUGCAGGUGAUAGGGAAUGUUGUGUGUGUCUCUGUCAAAGAAGAGAUCCAUCAUGUACAAACGUUAAGUCAUUAUGACAAAUAUUUUUGUGGAUUUUCUUCUUGUACCAUCUUUAAACAUGAACAAUCAUUUGUGAAUAGCCCAGGAAGACAAGCUUUCAGUGUAUUGAUUUAUGAAUGAUAUGGCCAAAAUCUGACAAAAUUUCUCAUUUAUGCCAGAAGCAAAAAUGUGUUUAUGAAAUCAGAAUAUCUUGUUAGGAUGAAAACUUUAAAGACUACCAGACAUGAACAUCUUUGUAACUAUGUUGCCAUAAAUAUUAUCUGCUGAUUCUGUCCUGUAAAACUUGAGAAUGACUAGUGUAUUUAAUAAUUAUAUAUAUUUUUUUUAUCAAUUUAGGAUUUUUCUGUCUGCCACUUUCCUUUUUCCCAUGAACCUGUCAGUACCUAAUUUUCAAAAUAAAAUUGCCAGUUAGCCAAUAAGUUCUGACAGAUGAUGCUACUUUUAAGUUAUAUUUAUUUAAGACUCGCACAAAACAAGAUUUUCUUAGCAAAAUGAGCUUACAGAAUGAGAAAUUUAUAGAAGUUUUUGUUGUUGUUUGUUAAACAACGAAGUUACAGAUUAGUCGUCAUGGAAACAGCCAGUGUUUGUUUACAUCACUUUGUUGUGUAAUGCCAUGUGAUUUAACAUGGUGGGUAAAGCAUUUACAAAUGUACAAAUCAUGCAGAAGUGAGAUCUGGGCAGUCUGAAUUGUACUCUUACCAUAUUUACAUAAUUAAGCAGGUAACCUGUCCAACUUGACCAUAAAAUGAUUUUUGUGAUAAGACGUGAGAUCUCUUGCUGUCCUGAAUGGAAGGUUGAAUCAGAUCAGUCCACUUUAAAGGAAAUUUUGUCAUGCUGGAAGGGACAUAACUAUUGCAGGCUGUAUAUAUAUAUUAAAAAAGUCUCCUUCUGGGAAGAAAUUGCAUAGUCGUUGAAUGUAAUUGCAUAUCCCUUCCCCAACUUUUUGUUUUAGAAUUUUUGUGAAUACAUAAUACAUGGCCAAUACAAAUGUUACGUAUUGUUAACAGUUGGAAAUUGUAAAAUGUGGACUGAAAAAUUGACAGUUUGAUCAAGUAGUGUUUAUACUUGACAUGGAAUGUUUGAAGUGUAUGCCGUUUAACAUUCAGUGCAGCAGCUGUGAGAUUUCGAGAUAUACUAGGCAUAUUGAUUGCUUGUGCUCCCAUUUCUAAUGUAGUCCGGUAAUUCUUCCGGCACCACACCCACCUUGUCCUGGCUUUCUGCUGUCUUCGGUCAUUUCACAGUCUUGGCUGCUGUCUUAUUCCGCUGUACAGAAUGAAGAAAAAAUAUUUCAUGCAAGGUUUGCUGAAAUGUGUUUCAAGUGCAGUGCUUUGAAAUAAAAAUUGGUUGCACUGAA